GGGAUUUAAAACAAAAACAAAACAAAAAAAACUUUGUGUGUGUGUGUGUGUGUGGCAUUUCUGCCCUUCGUCUAUUGACUGGAAAAAUCAUGAGUUCGUCAGGAUGCCAUCUGCUCGGUUUUCAGCCUGUAUGCUUCAGUUUGUAAGCCACUUGUGCUGGCGUCAGCUGACCGAGACAGCUGGGACACGCUCUGCGCCCGGGCAAGAAGAGCUCAUUCUUGGGGAAGCCACAUGUGAUGUGUGGUUGAUUUGAAAUUGUUGCUCGGACAACAUGUUUAUUUCUCUGUGGGAGUUCUUCUAUGGGCACUUUUUCCGGUUUUGGAUGAAAUGGGUCUUACGACAGAUGACUGGGAAGUGUGAACUGCAGCGAAUUUUUGACACCUAUGGCGGCGCACAGAGGACAUACAGGAUAGAAAACUCCUUGACAUAUUCCAAGAGUAAGGUCCUCCAGAGUGCCACACGAGUUGCCGAGAGUGAGCUGGACAGAUGUGUAGCAGACAUAAUGAAGGAGAAGAACAUCUGCCGGGAGAAAGACACCAGUUUUCAGAUAUGCAUGAGGACAUGCUUACUGCAGAUAUCUGGCUAUAAGCAGCUCUAUCAGGCUGUGGAAAAUGUGAGGAAAAAACCCUACGAUUCUGGCAAUGCGCAGCAUGAGAAACUGCUCCUCAAGCUUUGGAGUCUUCUGAUGCCUACGAAAAAGUUGAAGGCCCGGAUCUCCAAGCAGUGGGUGGACAUUGGUUUCCAAGGUGAUGAUCCCAAAACAGACUUCAGAGGCAUGGGCAUACUCGGACUGAUCAAUCUUGUGUAUUUCAGUGAAAAUUACACCAGCGAAGCACACCAGAUUCUUUCCCGUUCAAAUCACCCCAAAUUAGGGUAUUCGUAUGCAAUAGUUGGAAUCAAUCUCACAGAGAUGGCCUAUAGCUUACUAAAGAGCGAAGCCCUGAAGCUGUAUCUCUACAACUUUGUCCCUGGGGCGCCAACCAUGGAGCACUUCCAGCAGUUCUACUGUUACCUUGUCUAUGAAUUUGACAAGUUUUGGCUUGAAGAAGAACCAGAAAGCAUUAUGUACUUCAACUUGUACCGAGAGAAGUUUCACGAGAAGAUUAAAGGACUCCUAAUGGAUUACAACACUGUACUCACUUUGAAAACAUGAGACAAACAUAGCAUCUUCUCUUUCUACCACAUUUUGCACACACAGCAGAAUUUAUAUGUUAUAGAAAUUAUCUGAUCAACUACACUCUUAUAUAUAAUUUCCUACAAAAUCCUUCAGAACUCUAUUUAAAAAGCUAGUGGACAAUCAGUGUAUGUUUACAGUUGUUUAUACACUGUUCUCCACAGGUUCGCACCCUUCCAAAGAGCCCUUCUGGAGUCACGUGAACUACAGUUUGAACUUGGGACUUAGCCUGUUAGUGUAAAAGUUUAAAUCAGGUAUAUUUAUAUUUAGCCAGUUGACUAAAAUGUGCACGAAUCUCAUUUUUAUGUGUUGUAGCUCUCAAGCUGGUGUCCUUUCCAAAAUUUUAAAACUCUUCAAGAUGAUUUUUAGUCUGGAAAUGGCUUUUGAGUGUGCUUUGUCUCUUUUAUUUCUAGCCGAUGGGCACCGUGUGUGCUCUAAGGCUUCCUUUGUGUCCCCAGCACUUGUCAGGGUGUCCAUCAGAGAGGGCGAGGAAUCACGGCUUCCUUCUGAAUUUCUCUGGAGACCGAACAUGACAAAAAAUGAGAGAAUGGCAGCCUGGGUGACUCUGUUUUUAUUGACACGUAGCAUGUUUUGGGGGUCUUAUUUCAAGGUUUCCAGGCAUUUACCCUUGCUCAGUGUUUGCUUUUAUCAGCUGCAUAGAGAACCUUCCUCAGAGCUCCCCGGGAGGCACUCUGCCUCUGUGUUAGAGAGGAACUGCAUCUACUAAGAAAAUCCUGACUUUGGAUACAUGGUUUCUUUUAAGAUAAAACUAUCUUUGAAAACUACACAGGAAGAAAGCUGAGAGCUUUCGCAAAAUCUCUGGUCUCCAUCAUUGGCGUGUUUGACUUGCUGUUCAUUUUUGCUUGGCCUUGCUUUGACUCUGGUGUUUCUGGGUAAUGAUGUAGGGACCUGGUCAACAGGCUGUGGGGGUGCCAUAGCCUGGACUAUGACUGUGCUUUUAUAUAGCUUUACUCCCCCAAAGCUCAGGAGGGUGACAAGUACUGUUGAGGAUCAGACGUGAUGAGAUUCUGAAGGGAUGGUUUCCUCUUGGCAUGUUUUAGAGAUUUGUUUUCAGAGAAAAAUUAAAAGAGUCUAAAGAUAGGAAAAGAUUAUUGGAUUCUGAAGCAGUGCUUAAGUCCCGUGGGGAAGUCACAAUAUCAUAAGUUAGAAUAUGGUGCUAUUUUGCACAUGUUUUAGUAUCAGGUAUUUAAAGACUAGCUUAUGUGAUAGAGGAAGAUCUGGUACUUUCCAUCAGUUGGUGUGUGUCUUUUGACAAACCCCCAUCUUCACGCUGGUCGAAGAGUGGUACAGACGCCCUAUAUGACGCUGCGGCUGCAGUGUUGCACAGCCCAUGCAUUGCAGUGCAUGGGUUAAAAGUGUUUUUCCUCAAGGAAGAUGGAACUUUUUUAAAAGUAGGUUUGUUUUAUAAUACUAGAAAGGAUUUAGCUUUUCAGUAUUAUAGGAACUUAAUAAUUGAUUUCUUAAUAGGGGACUUUCUCAACCCUGGUCAUAUACUCGUUUCACUUUUGGGUAUCUUCUGUCAUCCAGGUUGUAUGAUGAACUAUAUGGCAAACCCUAACAAGGAGCACAUGUCUGCUGUCUUUGUUCAUUGUGCUGUGUGAUAGCUUUUCCAUGGAGAGUAGCUGUGUAAGUCUUUAACUUCUGCACUAAAAUACUUAUUGUAUUUUAAUUUUUCAGCAGCUUUGAUCUUGAACUGAUUUAACUCUUUAUCAGCAUAUUUAAUAAAAAGACUACUUGAAGUGUGAAAGAGGAAAUGUUUAAGUAAUUAAGCCUUCCCAGCAGGAAACCUCUACUCAUGUUAAGAACAUCUUGUCAUAGUUUGGUUAAUGUCACAGUCAUUAAAUUCUCCUUUGUUUGUACGUUA